AUCAGCUACUGACCAUGUCAGAGUUCCAGGAUGCUCACCUUGCAGAGGUGAAACCUCUGGUGGAGAAGGAGGAGGCUAUCACUCGCCUUCUUCCAGACUUCGAUGUUCAGGAGCAAGAUGUGGAGACUGUCCAUGGCUCGGUCCAUGUCACCAUGUGUGGGACUCCCAGAGGGAACCGACCAGCCAUCCUCACCUACCAUGACAUUGGACUGAAUCAUAAAACCUGCUUCAAUCCUCUCUUCAACUUUGAGGACAUGCAGGAAAUCACCCAGCACUUUGCAGUCUGCCAUGUGGAUGCCCCUGGUCAGCAGGAUGGAGCACCGUCCUUCCAAGCUGGAUAUGUGUAUCCCUCCAUGGAUCAGCUGGCUGAAAUGCUUCCUGGAAUCCUGAAACAGUUUGGGCUGAAGACCAUUAUAGGAAUGGGAACUGGAGCCGGUGCCUACAUCUUAACCAGAUUUGCUUUAAACCAUCCAGAGAUGGUGGAGGGAUUAGUUCUCAUUAAUGUAAACCCUUGUGCUGAAGGUUGGAUGGACUGGGCAGCAACUAAGAUUUCAGGUUGGACAAAUGCUUUACCAGACAUGGUCAUUUCACAUCUUUUUGGGAAGGAAGAAAUUCACAGCAACCAUGACCUGAUCCACACUUACCGCCAGCAUAUUAUUAAUGAUAUGAACCAAACCAACCUUCAUCUCUUUGUCAACUCUUACAACAGUCGGCGAGAUCUAGAGAUUGAGCGUCCUGUUCCUGGAAUAAAUGUUGUCACCCUUCAAUGCCCUGUCCUCCUGGUGGUUGGCGACAGCUCCCCGGCGGUGGAUGCUGUGGUUGAAUGCAACUCAAAGCUUGACCCAACAAGGACCACACUUCUGAAGAUGGCUGACUGUGGUGGGCUCCCUCAAGUUUCCCAGCCUGCUAAGCUUGCAGAAGCUUUCAAAUACUUUGUUCAAGGAAUGGGAUACAUCCCCUCUGCUAGCAUGACCAGGCUGAUGAGGUCCCGCACAGCUUCUGGCUCCAGUGUAACCUCUUUGGAAGGACAGAGGAGCCGGUCUCACACCGGAGAAGGCACGAGGAGCCGAUCUCACACUGGAGAGGGAACAAGGAGCCGAUCCCACACUGGGGACGGUGCCAGGAACCGCUCGCACACAGACACACGCAUCGAGCUGACACCGAACUCGGCGAGCAACGCUGAACAAUCAAGCCCCAAGUCCAUGGAAGUGUCCUGUUAGGUGGCUAUGGGAGGUUUAAACUGGUCACGGUGUGCAAAAGUAAUGGAUGCCCCCUGUAUCACAAAAAAAUAACUGAUAUUAAUCUCAAGCUAUUCUGUAGAAUGAACUCUGUUCACCAGGGUCUGACAGGGACCAAAGAAAAGAAGCAUCUCAUUUGCUCUAUAGUUAUUCUUGUAACUCAGACAGUUGCUGCUAUUGUGUCCUCCUUCAGUGGAUGCCAAAUUCUAAAGGAUACUUGCCAAAAGCUGAUAUGGUUGUAAACACUUCUGAGUCAAACCAGACUUGCUUAAUAUGCUCCUUUAAAAUCAAAGCAGUUACAUGCCCCUUUAUCUCUUAUUCUCUUGAAAUAAACUGGCACAACUUGAGCUGAGUUUCAAAGAGGGGGAGAAAAAAAAAUCACUAUUAUGGAUGGCUUUUAAAAAAAGGAAAUGAAACAAAUGUGUUAUGGCCUCAUGUUGAAGCUGGAGUUGAAUUCAUUGUAUAUAGCUCGACUUCAAAUGAUAGAGAAGUUAAUGUAUCGUGCAUUUAUAGGCCUUCUAAUUCAUUAGUAUUCAAGCCUGUUUUCCUAUGUACAAUAAUAUAUUACUAAAAUAGACAAUUUUAAUGUGACUUUGAGACGAACUAAAUCUUUAAGCUUUUUUUAUUUCACUUUUUUGAGAUUUAGUUCCAGUCUUUCCUUCCCCCCCUCC